AUGGCAAACUCAUCAUUCGUGGUGAAAAGGUUCCAUCAGAACGCUGAAGGCGUUGGAUUUUUUGUACACCCAUCUGUUGUCCAUCUUGUCGAUUCGCAUGAGAUCCUAACACCUCGCCUUGCUAUCCUUCGACUCCGUCUUCUGCAUCAGAAAACCAUUAUCAUCAUCUGCUAUUCUCCAACAUCAGCAGCUGAUGAUUCGGAACUUGGUGCUUUUUAUGAGGGUUGGGAGGAAGUCAUCCGCCAAGAAAACUCCUAUAAGUUCGUCGUGUAUGACUUCAAUGCGAAAAUCGGGAUGCCAGAAUAA